UUUUUUCUAAUAAUCCAUGACGAGCCUCUUCUGACCAAACCUCGUCAUCAACAAACACAAACAAACAACACUGGACAAGUGACAAUGGCGAGCAGACGGGCCUCGGUGUCCUCCUCAUUGGCGGGUCUGGAGGCCUGGUUCCUCGCGCCCGGUAGCGCGGAGGAUGAGCCGGAGCUGCGGCGGCUUCGGGAGCGGCUGCGCGGGUGGCUGUCGCAGUGUGAGCCCGCGGUGAUCUGCGCGCAGCGGCUGCUGGUGUGGGAGAGGCCGCUGCACAGCAUCAUCGCCGCGCUCGCGCUCAACACGCUGUUCUGGCUCCUGUCGUCCACACCUCUGAGACCCUUGUUCCUCCUGAGUGUGUCUCUCAUUGGACUGACUUUACUGGAGAGAUGGAAAGGCAAGCUGCCGCAGAUCACCGUGUGGCAUCCAGAGGCGUCUGUCGUUGAGCGAGAAAUGCUAAGUGAGCAGCCACAUUUGUUAAGCGUCGAGGAGCUCAGCCAUCAUCUCGCCGAGAGUUACCUCACCUUCAGCCUUUACAUCCAAGAAAUGCUUCAGUAUAAACGGCAAAACCACGGCAAGUUCUGCAUCAUGAUGUGUUCUGGAUGUGUCAUGCUGGCUGUGGUUGGACAUUACGUUCCCGGGAUUAUGAUCUCCUACAUCAUAUUGCUGAGUGUGCUGCUGUGGCCGCUGGUGGUUUACCAUGAGCUGAUCCAGAAAAUGUACACCGGACUGGAGCCCAUACUGAUGAAACUCGACUACAGCAUGAAAGGAGACACACAGCACCGCAAAUACGACAAGAGAAAGCUGAAGAAGGAGCAGGAAGAGGGUGAUGAACCGAGGGCAGAGACGGAGAGCGAGAGCGAGGAGGAGCUGUCAUGUUUCGCCCCUACUGUGGAUGUGAAGACUACGGCUCUGGCGAUGGCCAUCACAGACUCUGAGCUGUCCGAUGAGGAGGCGUCCAUACUGGAGAGUGGAGGAUUCUCUGUAUCCAGAGCCACCACACCACAGCUCACAGACGUCUCUGAAGCAGACCUGGAUCAGCAGAGCGUGCACAGUGAACCGGAGGAGGCGUUCUCUAAAGAUCUAGCGGAGUUCCCGUCGGUGGAUGAGCUGCCUUCUAUUGAACCGGGUCUGUUCCAUUUCCCGUUGGGUGUUCUCGGGUCUGAGCAGACGGGAGCAUCCAGCUCCGAGUCCCAGGAAGAACCGCUGUCUCCGGCCAGCCUCCUCAUCCAGCACUUAGCAUCUCCACUCCACUUUGUAAACACGCACUUCAAUGGACACAGACAAGCGGCGGGGGCAGACCAAAGCAUUGUGGGUACUGAGAAAGAGGGAAGGGGAUUGGCCGAGGACGUUUCGAGACCCGCUCGGUCCCUGGAAGCCCUUAGUGAGGAGAUAGUGAGCACAGCCAUCUCUACUGUAGUACAGAACACUCUCUCAGCCCUGUUGCGAUCUACGGAGGCCAGCGAAGGCGAAGGAGACCUGGCUUCGUUUCUUCCCUCCGAAACGCCUCCUUGUCCGAUUGAAUCGCCCCUCGAGUCACCAUCAACCCAAGAAGCCAGCGUAGAGGAUGAGGAAGAGGACGGUGAUGUCACCGAAUCAAGCACCGAAGAGCAACCGGAUCUCACGCUCGUACCCGCGGAGGAAGAGGACUUUGAGCUUCUGGACCAAAGUGAACUGGAACAAAUGGAUGAGGGGUUGGGCCUUGGUGUUGAUGGACAGGAAGUGGGUGUGGCUUCCACAGACACACCCCCAAGCAGUCAGCAGCAUGCAGACCAGCAGGAUUCCUAGCUUCCCAUCAUCUAAACUGUUUAUUUUAUUUAUAGUCCAUGUAGAUACAUAUACUGACAAAAGAUUUGUGAAAGGUCAUCUAUGCCUUUAUUUUGUUGUUUUCAGGAGUGAGAUCACUGUGAUUGUUGGUGGGCUUUUGUUUCCUGAGCAGGUGAAUGUCCAAAAUGUAAAAUGUUUGACACAAAUUCUAAAAUAUUUUUUUUAACAGAUCCAAAUAGCCUCCAGCCUCAAAUCCAGCCACUCAAGAUUUCAAAAGCGAUUUAAAAUAGAUUUAGUUUUAAUCAUUUACUGUAUGUUUUGACAAAGACCACAUGUCUGCGACAGAUGACAAGAGCCCUCUGGUUUAUCAAUCCCACGCUGACUGUUGUCUUAAGGCAGGGUUCCUCAAAUCUUGUUCUGGAGGGCCAAUGCGCUGCAGAGUUUAGCUCCAACC